CUCUGACCUUUAAGUGAUUGAACAUUUGUAAUCACUUCUUUCACAAACUGUGAAGGUCCUUGGACCAGUCUCCGGUGAUGCUGUGCAAUCCAAUGCAAAUGGAAAACCAGCUGAAUAGAUAGAUUCUGAAUAGAUUGAAACACUAUUGAUUUUUCAACAUCAGUUUUUCCAGCAUUUCUCAAAAAGUAAAUUUAGGUCCUUGCAAAAUCAUCGGUAAAUUGGAGGCUUUUUCCCAGAACAAGCACGACUCUUGUAGUGGAAGCUCGACGCCCCCGAGCAAAGUCCAAAGUCUAAGCUCCGGAUCCAGCAGCGCUCAGUGUUCGCCGCGCUCAUGACCACACCAGCGGCUCUCACGGCACCUUAAAGAGCUGGAGACUGAGACUUUGCCAAGGUUUGGACCGUUAGGACCGGAGGAUGCUUGUGACUGUGUUGGUGCUCCUGGUCACGCUGUGUGCCCUGGGAGGAACGGCUGAGGAGCGGCAGGAGGCGCAGAGACCCGGCCAUGUCUCAGUGGUCAUCCUGGGAGGCACGGGCGACCUGGCAAAGAAAUACCUGUGGCAGGGCUUCUUCCAGCUGUACGCCAGCCAGGCCAGCAGUGCAAACACCUUCUCUUUCUACGGCGGUGGACUGUCACCCGCUGACAGCGCCAAGCCGGUCUUUUUUGAGAUCCUGAAGGCGGUGUCUUGCCCGAAGGACUUGUCCCAGGAGCGCUGUGCCGUGCUGAAGGAGCAGUUCCUGCGGCUCUCGCAGUACCGGCAGCUGAAAACGUUGGAGGACUACCAGGGCCUGGCCAAGCACGUUGAGCAGCAGCUUCAGGAGGAGGGCAUGACGGAGGCGGGACGGCUUUUCUACCUGUCCGUCCCGGCCUUCGCCUACGCAGACAUUGCCGAAAAGAUCAACAGUAGCUGCAGGCCGGCCGGCGGGGCGUGGCUGCGGGUGGUGCUGGAGAAGCCUUUCGGACACGACCUCCCGAGUGCUCAGGCACUGGCAGCACAGCUCGGGACCGCUCUGAAGGAUGAGGAAAUGUACAGAAUUGACCACUAUCUGGGGAAGCAGGUGGUUUCGAGGAUACUUCCAUUCAGAAAAGAGAACAAGGACUCUCUGGAUCCGAUCUGGAACAAGCACCACAUUGAGAGAAUAGAAAUUGUGCUGAAAGAAACCCUGGAUGUUAAAGGUCGGAUUCCCUUCUAUGACCAGUACGGCGUGAUCAGAGACGUCCUGCAGAACCACCUGACGGAGGUCCUGAUGCUGCUGACCAUGACGCCGCCCGUCAACGUCAGCAGCAUCCAGGAGGUUCAGCAGAACAAGCUGGAGAUCUUCAGCUCGCUGCUGCCUUUAGGGAAGAACCAGGCGGUGAUCGGACAGUACCAGGCCUACAAAGCCGAGGUGCAGAAGGAGCUGAAUAAGACUCAAGACCACGUCAGCCUCACGCCAACGUUUGCAGCGGUGCUGGCGCACGUCGCUGACGCUCGCUACGAGGGCGUCCCGAUCCUUUUGACCUCAGGGAAGAUGUUAGACGAGCGGGUGGGAUACGCACGCAUACUGUUCAAGAACGACAUCUUUUGCCUUCAGAGUCAGGACAGCGUUCACUGCAAACCCAAACAGAUCGUUUUCCACUUCGGCCACGGCAGCCUCCAGUAUCCCGCAAUCCUGGUCAGUAAGAAUUUAUUCAAGCCGGUUCAGACGGACGCUGGCUGGAAGGAGGUGACGGAGCACGCGAAUGUCAGCGUUUUAGGUUUGCCUCUCUCAGACUACUAUGUGCAGACUCCAAAAGUGCAAAGAGAAGCUUAUGCAGAACUCAUCUCUCACAUAUUUGCUGGCUGUAAAAAUAAUUUCAUCAGCACUGAGAACCUGUUAGCUUCCUGGAGCUUAUGGACGCCGCUGCUCAGUAGCCUAAAAGGCUCUUUUCCUCGCGUCUACCCCGGCGGGGCUGACAACGGAGGCAUGCUUGAUGUCCAGCUGAAAGGCAACGAGAUCAGCUUCAACAGCAAGGUGGUGAUAAUCAGCCCCGACCAGGUGGGCCGCUCCUCCACCGACGGCUUCCAGGUGAUGCAGGGUAAAUUCCGUAGCGCCGAAAUGGUGUCCGCCUGGGCCGAGGAGCUGGUGGAGCGGCUCGCCGCAGACCUGCAGGAGGCGGCGGAGGCGGCCGUGCGGAAGGAGGGGGUUUUCCACCUGGCGCUCUCUGGCGGGUCGACCCCCAUCGCCCUGUUCCACCGCCUGGUUCUGCACCACUUCUCCUUCCCCUGGAGAGACACCCACGUGUGGAUGGUGGACGAGCGCUGCGUCCCGCUCACCGAAGCAGAGUCGAACUUCCACAGCUUGCACGACCACCUCCUGCAGCACGUGAGGAUCCCGUACUACAACAUCCACCCCAUGCCAGUGCAGCUCAACCAGCGUCUGUGCGUGGAGGAGGACGGGGGCGCGCUCCUCUAUGAGAAGGAGCUCGGCAAACUGACCAACGGCUCCAGCUUCCACUUCGUGCUGUUGGGCGUGGGCUACGACGGCCACACGGCCUCGCUGUUCCCCGGAAGCAAGGUGAAGGAGCUGAGACAGAGCAUGGUGGCCCUCACCGAGAGCCCCAUCAAGCCUCACCAGCGAAUGAGCCUGACUUUUAACGCCAUUAACCAAGCCCACAGGGUGGCCCUCAUGGUGAUGGGCAAAGGGAAACACGAGCUCAUCACUCAGCUGAGCCGAGUGAAGGACGACCCAGAAAAGUGGCCCGUCACCGGGGUGAAGCCCACUCACGGCACUCUCAUCUGGUACAUAGACUACGACGCACUGAUAGGAUAGAGAGCACGUAUUUCUAAUCAUGCUAAAUCAUGCUAUUUCGGUGAGUCUGCUGCUUUAUGGACCAACUCAUUCAGGACCACCAGUUUUUCACAAACCAUGUGAACUGAACAUUACUGCUGCAGAAAUUCAGAUUUAUUUUUUACCCGACAUUUGAUUGUUGUCACAUCAUUACUCAAAAAGACUGAAACACUGUUCUCUUGUACUUUUUUUUUUUUUUUUGAUGGAUUGAUGUGGUUUGGGAAAUGUACAUAAAGAAAAACUUUCUAAACUUGGUUUUCCUACAGGACUGCUACCGACCACGCUGGGUUUUUUUUCCUGCUUUAUAAUAUUUUUGGAGUGUGUGAAAGUAUAUAAAUAAGCCAAAUGGAGUGUGAGAUAUGUAGAAAAUGAAUGAAAGAGACAAUAUCUGCAGAACUGGUGAUAAAGUGCAUAUGAUGAUAUCUGGUGCUGAAUGUCAACCCAAGUGACCACAAACAUUAAUACUGUUAUUGCACACAUAAUGUGUUUGUAUGU